AUGGAGCACAAAAUCACCGAAGAUGAGGCGGCGCUGUACGACCGUCAGAUUCGACUGUGGGGCUUGGAGGCUCAGCACAGAAUGAGAAACGCGUCGAUCUUGGUUGCAGGGAUGCGGGCAUUGAGCAACGAAGUUUGCAAGAACAUUGUUUUGGCAGGAGUCGGGUCGAUCACCAUCUUGGAGCACGAGACUGUGACCGAGGAGGACCUUGGCGCUCAGUUCUUCCUUCGCCGGGAGGACAUUGGUCGUAAUCGUGGAGAGGCGGCAGCAGAGAUGGCGAGGCUUUUGAACCCAAGGGUCAAUGUGAUCGUGGAUAAGGAGGACAUUGCUCAGAAGCCCACCUCGUACUUUUCACAAUUCAACGUUGUCUGUCUCACAGGAUGCAGCCCUGAACAAACGAUCCGGAUCGAUAAUGCGUGCAGGGAAACCAAAACAGGAUUCUAUGCUGCAGGAGUUCAUGGAUUCUUUGGAUACAUGUUCUGCGACCUUACACACCACGAAUACCGCGAAGAGUCAAAGGAAACAUCAUUAGACAAGAGCAAGGAACCAGAGACAACCACUUCACACCUUAGCCAGGAUUAUGACAGUCUAGUCAGCACACUCGAGACGAGUUGGGGCUACCCCACGCCCAAGGCUCUCAAGCGCAAGGUCUCUCCUCUUUUCUUUGCCAUCCAGAUCCUUUGGUUGUUCCAGCUUGGAAAUGGCGGAAGGUUGCCACAUGCCAGCAGUCAUGACGACUUGGAGGCAUUGUUCAAAUUGAGGGACGAGAGGUUAAAGUCUGCUCAGGUCAAUGGUGACUUUGUAGGCAACGACCUGCUACAGACACUUGUUGGUACGGUGUCGGCAGAGAUUGCACCUGUGUGUGCUAUUGUGGGAGGCUUCCUUGCACAGGACAUUCUCAAGACUCUGUCGGGCAAGGAUGCACCUCUCCUCAACUACUUUUUGUACAAUGGCGUCGAAGGCACUGGGCUGGUUCAUCAUGUUCAGAAGAAGAGCACUUGA